AUGGUUUCUUUUUCGUGCGAGUCGUGCGGCGACGUCUUGACCAAGAAGAAGCUUGACCCGCACCGAAACCGCUGCCACGGUGCCACCUUCACCUGCAUCGAUUGUAUGGUCUAUUUUCCUGGCACAGAUUAUCGCACCCACACGAGUUGCAUGACGGAAGAUCAAAAGUAUCAAGGCGCCCUCUAUCGUCCCAAGAAAGCAAAGACGGCACCCACCGAGACCACGUCCAUUGCGGCCACUGUAGCAACACCGAAGACCAUGGCGCAGCCAGCAUAUGUUGAAGAUCUCCCGGACGAGUUCGACUCGUGGCGGAACUAUGAGCAGGACAGCGAUGACGACAACCGAUCCACCAUAGGCCCUCUCCCCGAGGCGCCCACCCCUCCCGCUGCCGUCGAUGACUCGGUCAACGUCUUUGAUUUCCUCGUCGCCACUGCGACGCCAACUGCCUCUAGCGUUUCUCUGAUCAGGCCGGCUCCCCCAGCUCAGCUGAGCGAGGAGACCCAGCUAGUCCGUUUUAACCACGAGGCCAACGGCCAGAGAGAUCUAUCGGAUAUAGAGGAUGGUGCAUUGGUCCAGUAUGGCUCCGGUCCGGUACCAACUUCUAACCUCGAGACACCCGCGCCAAAGGCGCUACGGAAAAAGACGAGAGAUGGGGACAAGGAGGUAAAGAAGGACAAGAAGCGGAAGAGGUUACACGUCGAGACUGACCAAAUAAUGACGGAUGCGCCCCCGGUUCUACACUCUGGACUGACGGGUGGGUUGAACCGACUGAUGAGCAGACCGUCUGUCUUCCCGCCGUCGCCUGACUACUCUGGUGGCGAUGUCGCAGAGACGCCGGCUAGCCCGCUCAAGAAGUCGAAACACUCGAAGCACCACAAGUCUGGCCGGACAGACACCAUUAGCAACAGCCUGAUGGCCAUGCUGGCUGCGGGUUCGAAGCCAAAGACCAAGAAGCGAAAGCAGACGACUUCGAGCUCAACCUCUGCGUCGACCAAGAAGAAGCACACCAAGCGUCUGGAGGGGGCCAAGGAAGCGAAGCUUAUCGAGUACCAAUCCGGAGCCAAGGACAGCAAAGAGGGCAACAACGGCAGUGGCCAGAUGGUGAUAUAUAAACCACGCGCCGAGCGUUUCCUCAGCUUCGUCAACAAAGGCCCAGAGAGCGAUCGUGGCUGCAGCAUGAACAAGGCGCUCAAGCGCUUUCAUCGGGAGCGCACCGCCGAGGGCACCAGCUUAAGCAAGCUGAUGGAAGAGAAGGAGCUCUGGCGAUCAUUGCGGAUGAAGAAGAACGAAAGGGGCGAGAUCGUGCUUUUCAGCGUCUGA